AUGCCGGUGGAGGGGAUGGACAGGGUGGUCGCGACGGUCAGCGGCUACCACGGCGACGAGCGGCACAGGCUCGUCAAGCUCAUAUCGGAGACCGGCGCGAGCUACGUCGGCGCCAUGAGCAGAUCAAUCACCCACCUGGUUUGUUGGAGGCUCGAGGGGAAGAAGUAUGACAUCGCGAAGAGGCUUCAGACACUCGUCGUGAGCCACCGGUGGUUCCAGGACUGCCUCAAGGAGGGGAGGCGCCUCCCCGAGGGCCCCUACAUGUUUGAAAGUGGUGAAGAAGCAGGGUCAGUUCCAGAGCUUCCUGCUUUGCCAGUGCCAGGCAAGCGAUCCAAGAUAAAUGCAUCCCUGGAGGAUCGAUGUUUGAAAGAGUUAACUGCUGAUUUCUGCAGUACUUCCGAUGCCAGGGAUGUGGUCAAGAUUGAUGAUUCAGAUUCUGAUUUUGAGCCUCAGGGAUGGUCGGAUUCAUCCCUAUUAAAAGAAAUAAGCGAAGGGCUUCCUGCGUUGAGGUAUUCUACAUCUCGGAUCACAUCAAAGCAGAAGGGAAACUUGUCACGUCUCCUACAUAAUGAGGCUGCUAGCCGAAUGGGCAAAACAAACGAUCCUUUGGGAAAGGAAUCACGAAGCAAGCAUGCACGCUAUCUGAUGGAAAUAUCUGAUGAUGAUAGUUUGACAGACAGCUUUGAGAAACCACAAACGUUAGAUACUCUGAGUACAGAAGCUCGGAGAAAAAUAAGGAGCACAAAUGCUUCAUCAUCAUAUCGGCAAUCUACCUUGGAAAGUAUUUAUGGGUAUUCUGAAACUAGUAUGCAUGAUUACGAAUCAGCAAAGAGUGAAGAACAAGGAAAUAUUGGAUUGGGCGAGAGACCAGGAGGCUUGCAACCUGGUGAUUUGUCUGUAGAUGAACCAUCAUUCUGUACUCAGGAGCAAAGUAACCUUGACAUCGCAGCUGAUGAUGAGAAGGGAGAUGGUGAGAAGCUUGCUAUGGAAGAACCAUCCAGGGUGCAAAGACAGGCAGAACUUUCAUGUGUCAUUUGCUGGACCGAUUUUUCUUCCACAAGGGGCAUCUUACCAUGUGGACAUCGGUUCUGUUUUUCAUGCAUCCAAGGAUGGGCAGAUUGUCUGUCCUCUAGGGGAAAGGUCUCAACAUGCCCUCUUUGCAAAGCCAGUUUCUCCUGGAUCAGCAAGGUGGACGAGGCUGGCACGUCAGAUCAGAAGAUAUACUCGCAGACCGUUCCUAACGCAGCUUCAACCGACAUUUUCAUGUUUGCAGAUGAACGCUACGACCUUCCUGGACCAUCGUCUACUGAAGGCGCCUGCUUCCAGUGCCACAGCCGUGAGCCCGAAGACCUUCUACAGAGCUGCCAUGUCUGCCGGGCGCAGUGGGUACACAGCUACUGCCUUGAUCCUCCACUGUUUCCGUGGACGUGCAUACAUUGCCGAGAUCUACGGAGGAUGUACCAGCGCUAUCGCUAG